GCCUCGCCCGGAGGAUACCCGGCACAGGAUUUGCGUUCGGUGGGGGUCCCGCCGUAAGUUCGCGGAGGAGGAAACCCUGCUAUAUGAAACAUUAACCAUAUCAGUGUCGUUUAGAGGCCACAGGGGGGCCAAACUGUCCCCAAUCAUGUUGACCCGCCCAACCCACCAGAAAUUUCCGCCGAAACCUAUCUGUCAUAUAUAACUGAAACCAGUAUUUCCACAAGCGUCCAACCCGAAGAUGUUAUUGAGUGCCGCCAAUUCGCCGAACCCAAUCCCAUCGCUGGCUCAUCCUUCUUCGCCAACAGCUCCCUCCGCCCCAUAACAACCUAAACCGCCUCUCUGCCAUCUCCCGCCUCCCCUCGAACGGCAACCUCUCCGAAUGCGAUGAAGCGUCAUGGUCUCAAUGGCUGGACUAUCGAACCCACCGAGGAGGAUACGCUGAAACCGAACUGCUUCGUGUUUGAAAGGAGGCAGCUGAUGUGUAAGCCUUCGUUUGGUCCUUAAACGCGCCCUCCGGAUCACCCGCUGGGGAAGGUGCUCAAGUCUUCGGAAAUGGUGCGGAGGACGGCGACCUCUUUAGCUCCGAUGCUGAGAUUUGGCCUCCGAACAGUCUUGAGGGCUACAGUGAUGAGGAGCUUCAUUCGCGUCCCUUUCGUCCUCCUCCUCGUGGUAGCCGCAUUCAGCUGGCGCUCGGUGUUUCGCCGCGGCGUCACGCAGGCGCCCUUAGUCGACGAGGACGCGUCCCUGCUCGACGCCGAGGACGCGUCCCUGUUCGACGCCGAGGCCCUCAACGCGACCCUCUACAACCUCACCGACGCUGAGGCCGGCGGGGUGGAGCUGCAGCAGGAAGUGCUGGACCUUAUGGGCGGGAGACUAGAAUCCGUCUACGCCGCCGGCGGGCAGUCCCACAUUAUCUCCAUCUGGCGGAGCAUGAGAGGCGCAGGGAGUCGGCCGGGGCUUUUGGCCCGACUCCGGUUCCCCGCUCGGCCGGAGCACCCCGAUCGCGGCCGGCUGUUCCAGGAGUUCCGCUGGCGGCUCAGCGAUUGGUUCCUCGACAGUCGCGGACUCCAGCCGGAGGUCAUGUCGGAGCUCAUAGAGCGCAUCAAGCGCCCCAUCGAUCGGCACUACGGGUACCCGCACACCGGCCGGCCAUACGCCACCUGCGCCGUGGUCGGCAACAGUGGCGUCCUACUCAAGUCCGCACACGGCCGCCUCAUCGAUGGCCACGACCUCGUCAUCCGCCUCAACAACGCCCGCACCGCGGGCUACCAGCAGCACGUCGGCUCCAAGACCACCAUCUCCUUCAUCAACAGCAGCAUCCUCCACUCCUGCGCCAUGCGCCUGGGCUGCUACUGCAACCCGUACGGCCACUUCGUCCCCAUCGUCGUCUACAUUUGCCAGCCAGCCCAUUUCCUCGACUACCUCAUCUGCAAUUCCACCCACAAGUCCCCGCUGCUCGUCACCGACGGCGGGUUCGACACCCUCUGCAUCCGCAUCGUCAAGUACUACUCGUUGAAGAGAUUCGUCGAGGACACCGGAAAGCACCCCAUGUCGUGGGGCAAGUUCCACGACGAGAAGCUGUUCCAUUACUCGUCAGGGAUGCAGGCCGUCAUGCUCGGGUUGGGCAUCUGCAAGAGGGUGAACGUCUUCGGGUUCGGCAAGUCGGUGGAUGCGAACCACAACUACCACACCAACCAGACGGCGGAGCUGAACGUGCUCGAUUACGCGGCGGAGUACGAUUUCUACCGCGAUCUGGUCGAGCGGCCGCAGGCGAUACCGUACCUGAGAAUCACCAAAAUUAAGGUCCCUCCUGUUGUUUUCUACCACUGAGAUGCUGCAGCUAGAACAGUAUUAGCACACUCAGAAAAGUGAGAAUACAUGAGGAGGAACAAGUUUUCUUACACUUAUCUUUUCUUCUUAGAUUCAGUCUUCAGAGAAAUAUGAGAAGCAGCCGGUCAAAUGAACUGUAAAUAACAUGCUGAUUCUUUUCUGAUUCAUGUUC